AUGAAACAUAUUGACCAAUUUACGUUAAAUGAUGCUACGAUAGCUCAACGAUGGAUGCGACAUUCCGACACCACUUACAUUUUAUUUGACCCGAUUCAACAAACUGGUACAACAACAAAUAACACAAAUAAUUCUGAUGAAGCAACCGACGAUCAGUCAGAUUUUGAUGAUGACAACAAUGAAAUGAAUACAAAUGAUACCCGUAUUAUCCUGACUGUUGGCGAUAAAAGUUAUCUAGUGUGA